UGCCCAUAAACGAACGUCAGAUGGCUGUGAUAGAAGCAUUCCGCCAUGCAUGGAAAGGAUACAAGGAUUUUGCCUGGGGCCAUGAUGAGCUGAAGCCUUUGUCCAAAUCCUACAGUGAGUGGUUUGGACUUGGGCUUACCUUAAUUGACGCCUUGGAUACCAUGUGGAUUUUAGGCUUAAAAGAAGAGUUUGAAGAAGCAAGAAAAUGGGUAGCAAUCGAUUUAGUAUUUGAUAAAAAUGUGGAUGUGAACCUCUUUGAGAGCACUAUCCGUAUCCUGGGGGGCUUGCUGAGCACCUACCAUCUCUCGGGAGAUAGCCUCUUCCUGGAAAAAGCUAAAGACAUUGGGAACAGGCUUAUGCCAGCAUUCAAGACCCCCUCCAAGAUACCAUAUUCUGAUGUCAACAUUGGCCGGGGCACUGCACAUCCACCUCGCUGGACAUCUGACAGCACUGUGGCAGAGGUGACCAGUAUUCAACUGGAGUUUAGGGAGCUCUCUCGUCUCACUGGAGAUGAGAAAUUCCAGAAAGCAGUAGAUGAGGUGAUGAAGCAUGUUCACACUCUCUCAGGGAAAAAUGACGGACUAGUGCCUAUGUUCAUAAACACCAACAGCGGGCAGUUCACUCACCUGGGUGUCUAUACUCUGGGAGCCAGAGCUGACAGCUACUACGAGUAUUUGCUCAAGCAAUGGAUUCAGGGCGGGAAAAAAGAAAACGAACUGUUGGAAGACUAUAUGAGAGCCAUAGAAGGAGUGAAAAAGCAUCUUCUUCAGAGAUCGCAACCCAAGAAGCUUACUUUUGUAGGAGAGCUUGCUCAUGGCCAUUUCAGUGCCAAGAUGGAUCACUUGGUUUGCUUUUUGCCUGGUACUUUGGCACUGGGAGCUCACAAUGGAUUGACUGCUGAUCAUAUGAAAUUGGCUGAAGCCCUUAUAGAAACCUGUUACCAGAUGUAUGCUCAAGUAGAGACAGGCCUGAGUCCGGAGAUCGUGCACUUCAAUCUUCAUGCACAAAAGGGCCAGAAAGAUGUGGAAAUCAAGCCUGCAGACAGGCACAACUUACUGCGACCGGAAACUGUGGAAAGCCUUUUUUAUAUGUACAGAUUCACCGGUGAUAAGAAAUACCAAGACUGGGGCUGGGAAAUCUUGCAGAACUUCAAUAAGUACACACGGGUUCCUACAGGUGGUUAUACUUCCAUUAACAACGUCCAGAAUCCCAGUAAUCCAGAGCCACGAGAUAAGAUGGAGAGCUUCUUCCUUGGGGAAACACUUAAAUACAUGUUUCUGCUGUUUUCAGAUGACAUUGACUUAAUCAACCUUGACAAAUACGUGUUUAACACAGAAGCUCAUCCACUCCCUAUCUGGGUGCCAGCAUAGACUGGGUGCCAGCAGACAUUCCAACGGUGGCAUUUUUAUCUUCAAGUCACUUUACUUUUCAGGGUUUGAGGAGAGAUGCUAUAUUGCACCUUUUUUGUCUUAAAACAAACAAACAAAACCUUUGGGAAAGCAUCUCUGGUUUGGAGAAGUCAUGUCAGUCUUAAAUCUAAUCCCUGGUUCUGGGAUGGACAAACUGUGCCAUACUAAGCUGCUUUUCCUGGUAUUGGUGAUGAGGUUCAGAGAAUAAUUGUAGUGUGGACCAUGACAUUCACGAGGCUCUGGUGAACCAGAACUCACUUAUGUCAGUCUUACUAAAGGCUCAUUAAAUAUCAGGAAUGCAGCAAGUUGUCUUACAGCACAGGAUUGUCCCUGGAGAGAAGGAAUAAUCCUACAGGUUUCUGGUUUAUUCUGGAUUCACUGAAACACUCUGUUACAGCGCCAUUCCUUCACAUGAACAUACAGUGUUUCAGGUG